AUGUUAACCAUCUUAGAAAAGUUUGACAUAUUUGGUGUGCCUAUUAAGUUGAAAACUAUUAAAUAAUAAGAGUAGUUUAAGACAUCUCAAAGUGGAGUGAUAACAAUCAUAAUUAUGAUUUUAAGCUUAGCUUAUUUCAUUUAUGUAAUGUAACAAUGGAUUAAUGGAUAAUUAAUUCCUAAAGUUACAAGUUCUUAAAGAAUGAUUGAUUAUACUACUUAUGAAUGGUAAAAUGGUGAAAUCUCUUUCACUCUAUAUGAUUUAAGCUCAAAGAUAAAUCCCUUCACAAAACAAAACAACAUUAUUAUGACAGUAUUAUUGGAGAUCUCAGGAUUAUAUGUUUCUGCUAAACCUAGAUUUUUAUAUAGUACAUUAUAAAUGAAUGGAGAUAAAAAUGUUAUUACUAUUGAUAAAGGUAAAUUAGUAUUAAGUUAAAUUGAUGGGACGAAAGAAGAGAAUCAAGAAAAUAUCAAAUAAUAUUUUGUAUUUUUUACAAAAUGUCGCUAAGAUUGGAUGGAAGAAGGGGGAUAUUGUGCUGAUCCAUAAGAAAUUGAAGAUUAUUUCAGUACAAAUCAUGGAUUAUUAUUUUUAUCAAUAAAUCUAUAGUAAUACAAUUAUGAGACUUUGGAAUUUGAUGAAAUUAAAAAAACUUAAUUCUUCGCCUUUGAAGAAAGUAGUCCUUUUUAUUCUUAAGUGAUUUUAUAAAAAUAAUUAACUACUAUUGAUAAUGGAGUAUUAUUAAAUAGCUUUGAAAAAUUUGAAGUAAUUAAGGAUUAUUAAGUAAAUACUUAAGCAGUGUCAAAGAAAUUUGCCUAGGAUACAAUAAAAACUUAAGAUGGUUCUAAAUACGAAUUUGAAUCAUUGUGUACAUUUGUCUUUAGGAUUGAUAACAUUGAAGCAAAUGAAACUAUUCUAAUGCCAAAAUUAGGAGAAGUAUUAGCUUAAAUUGGAUCAAUUGUAAAUAUAAUAAUGUUAUUGAAAAUACUCUCUAACAUGAUUAAUACAACAAUGUUAGAGAGUACAAUAUUGCAUCAAAUAAUAGAAAUUUAUUAUCCAUAAUUUAAGUAAGUUUAAAUUAAAAAGAACUUUUUAGGUUAAAUUAAAUAAGUAAGAUAUAAAGGUGUUGAAAUUAAGUUAGCCCAUUUUUAACAUAAAUACAAUUAAUUAUUAGAAAUUGCAAGAAUGAAAUUCACUUUCAAUAAUUUAAUUUAGGAGUUAUCUCGUGUUUAAUUGGUUUUAGUAAAUUAGAUAGGAAUGGAAAAUAUAAAAAAUAUAUUUAAGAUAGAGGAGGAUUUAAAGUUCUUUGAGCAGGAUAGAUCAUCAUCAAAUUCUAAUUUUUAAGUGUAGAAUUUAGUUUCGAUUUCACCUGAAGAAUCACCAAAACCAUAAGAAUUUGAAAGGUUUAUAUUGUUUAAUACAGAAUUUUGA